AUGAGUGAAGAAAGGGAAGAAAAACCUCACAUUGACGACAAGAUUCAGUUCGGUGUUUGCCACCAAGGACGAAAUUGUUUAUGGAAGGAUAGGCCGUCUAACCGUUGUUGGUUAUGUGCGGUAGCGGUGAAGUUCAAGGUCAGGAAGACGGGCUCGUUGAAGAAAGUGAUGAACGAAGCCGCAAAACGGUUCAAUGUAGACCGAGACCACCUGCGAUUUGAAUACCACGGAGUCACAGUGCGCGGUAAUGAAGACGAUACACCAGAGGCGCUGGGUAUGGAAGAGGAUGAUGUUAUAGAUGCGCAUUUAUUUCAAAUUGGAGGUUGUAUCAUGAAGGAGCAAUCACCAAGUCGGAGUAUCGUGCAACUCUAA